CCCCGCCCAUCCAGUACCAGGAAGCGGCCACCGCGCGGGGCCGGGAGGACCCGCAGGCUCUUCGGGGCACGGCCCCCCGAGCGCCCUCCAGGCUCCCGGCGCGGCCAUGCCGCGGAGCCUGCGGAGCUGGCUGGGCGGCUGCCUCCUUAUGUCAGCAUUAGGAAUGGUGCCACCUCCUGAAAACGUCAGAAUGAACUCAGUUAAUUUCAAGAACAUUCUACAGUGGGAGUUGCCUGCUUUUCCCAAAGGGAAUCUGACUUUCACAGCUCAGUACCACAGUUAUAAGAAAUUCCAGGAUAUGUGCACGAGGACUACCUUGACGGAAUGUGAUUUCUCAAGUCUUUCCAAGUAUGGUGAUCACACCUUGAGAGUCAGGGCUGAAUUUGCCGAUGAGCAUUCUGACUGGAUAAACAUCACUUUCUGUCCGUUGGAUGACACCAUGAUCGGACCACCUGAAAUGCAAGUAGAAGUACUUGCUAAUUCUUUACACAUGCGUUUCUUAGCCCCUAAAAUGGAGAAUGAGCCUGAAACAUGGACCAUGAGGAAUAUUUAUAACUCAUGGGUUUAUAACGUGCAAUAUUGGAAAAAUGGUUCUGAUGAAAAGUGGCCGAAGACCUGUCAAUAUGACUUUGAGGUCCUCAGAGAUCUUGAGCCAUGGACGACUUACUGUGUUCGAGUUCAAGGGUUUCUUCCUGAUCGGAACAAAAGUGGGGAAUGGAGCCAGCCCGUGUGUGAGCGAACAGCCGAUGAUGAGACAACCCCACCCUGGACUGUGGCCGUGGUCCUGGCAGCGUCCUUGUGCGCGGCCCUCUUGCUGCUCGGCUGCUCGGCCCUGCUGUGGUGUUUGUACAAGAAGACCAAACACGCCUUCUGCCCGGGGAACUGCCUGCCGCAGCACCUGAAAGAGUUUUUAGGCCAUCCUCAUCACAGUACGCUUCUGAUUUUCUCCUUCCCGCCCGCUGAUGAGAAUGAAAUCUUCGACAAACUGAGUGUCAUUACACAAGUCUCGGAAAACAGCAGGCAGAAUCCUGGCAAUGGCAGCCCCCCCGAGGCCCCAUCUGGGCAGGGGUCCUCCGAGCUGGUCCCCGAGGAGGGAGUGCACACCGAGGGGUACAGCACCCCCCUCCUCCUCUCGCCCACCUGUGAGGGUCAGCGGGAAACCACCUGAGCAAACCCCGCAUCUAAAACUCUCAGAUUCCAGGACAAGAUCUGAACAACCAAAGAGCUAGAUUUUAAAGGCUCGCUUGGCAAAAAAAACACUCCACGGUGGGAAUGUGUUGCUUUAUAAAGGCCUCAAUGAUUAAAAAAAAAAAUUCUUGAUCACUGAGGAGUAUAAUUUCCAGCCUCUUCUGCUCACUACUACGAGGAACAAUUUUUAAUUAGAAGAAACAAAAAUACUUAAAAUGAGGGAUAAAAAAACGAGAUGCUGCAAAACCCAGCCAGAUGGCCAAGAGACGGAUCCGGAAAGCAGCCUCAAGUCACGGUGGCGAGCGAAUUUUUGGGAUUCUCAGGGAUACUUGGACUGGAUUUAUUUUGCUACCUGUACAUGUUCUUUAUAGUGCUGGUGCUCUAGUACAGUUUUAUUCUCUAGUUCAUCUGUAUGCGUGAACGGUGCCACGUUUGGGUACUUGGCAGAUAGUGCGUGAGGCUGUCAUUUGCUAUUUCCUGUGUCCAUUCCACAGGUAUUCCUUGGUCCUUUCCUCCGUCACACAGGAACAAUGCUGGGGGGGGGGGGUGUCUAAUGGUAUCUGGGAGCGAUCAGUCCAGGAAGCCUUGGGUUCCACUCAGGCACCUGCUAGCGUGUGAUCCUUCAGCUUCCUCAUCUGGACAUGGAAA